ACAGCCGAGCAAAUCCAGGUGUAGGCAGACUCUCCUUUCUGCAGCUGCCCCUCCUGUGUGUCAGGCAGGGACAGCCACAGACCCUGCUCCCUCACCCAGCGAGGACAGAGCAGCAGGGAAACAGGGCUGUCGCCCCCAUCACCUGCCAGUCGAUGGGGCUCCGGUGGUUGUUACAUCUGAGCUCAACCACAUCCUUUCUCUCGACCUGGGAAGGCAGCUUGGGUUCCAGCCUGGCUCUGAAAUGGAGAACAAGGGUGUCUUCUAAAUCUUGUUAAAAAUAUGCGGUGUCUGCAGCACUCUGGUGUUCACUAGGGGACACACACGUCGCUUUCCUCCUUGGGGCGCCUAGCAAUGCUGAUCUUGCCCCAGAUCCGGGGCACCCUGGAGCUCUCCUGGAAUGUCAGUUACGUCCAGCAGGCCAUCCACUUCCAGCUGCUGGUGCGUGAGCUCAAGGCCGGGCUCCUAUUCGGGAUGUCGGACCGUGGCGAGCUGGAGAACGCCGACUUCAUCAUGCUCUGGACCAACGGCGACAGGGCCUACUUUGCUGAUGCCUGGAGUGACCAGAAGGGGCAGAUCCACCUGGACGAGCAGCAGGACUAUCAGCUGCUGCAGGCACAGGACACCCCGGAUGGCUUGUCCCUGGUCUUCAGGAGGCCCUUUGCCACCUGUGAUCCCAAGGACUACUUCAUUGAGGAUGACACUGUCCAUUUGGUAUACGGGAUCCUGGAGCAGCCGUUCCCAUCACUGGAGGCCAUCAACACCUCAGGUCUGCAGACGGGGCUGCAGCGGGUGCAGCUGCUGAAGCCCGAGAUCCCCGUGCCGAAGGUGCCCGCAGACACCCGCACCAUGGAGAUCCGGGCUCCUGAUGUCCUGAUCCCUGGCCAGGAGACCACAUACUGGUGUUACAUCUCCGAGCUGCCCCAGGGCUUCGCCCGGCACCACAUCGUCAUGUAUGAGCCCAUCGUCACCAAGGGCAACGAGGCCCUGGUGCACCACAUGGAAAUCUUCCAGUGCGCCGGCGGCUUCGAGAGCUUCCCCCACUUCAGCGGGCCCUGCGACUCCAGAAUGAAGCCGGAGCGCCUCAACUACUGCCGCCACGUGCUGGCUGCGUGGGCACUGGGUGCCAGGGCAUUCUACUACCCAGAGGAGGCCGGCCUUCCUUUUGGGGGCACGGGGUCCUCCCGGUUUCUCCGCCUAGAAGUCCACUACCACAACCCGCUGAAGAUCCAAGGCCGGCGUGACUCCUCUGGCAUCCGCCUCUACUACACGGCCACGCUGCGGCGCUUCGACGCGGGCAUCCUGGAGCUGGGGCUGGUGUACACGCCCAUGAUGGCCAUCCCGCCACGGGAGCCUGCCUUCAUCCUCACCGGCUACUGCACGGAUAAGUGCACCGAGCUGGCCCUGCCGCCCUCCGGGAUCCACAUCUUUGCUUCUCAGCUCCAUACACACCUGACCGGGAGGAAAGUGGUCACUGUGCUGGCCCGGGACGGCCGGGAACUGGAGGUGGUGAACAGGGACAACCACUACAGUCCACACUUCCAGGAGAUCCGCAUGCUGAAGAAGCCCGUGACUGUCUCCCGGGGGGACGUCCUCAUCACUUCUUGCACGUACAACACGGAAGACAGAAAGCUGGUCACUGUGGGCGGCUUUGGGAUCCUGGAGGAGAUGUGUGUCAACUAUGCACACUACUAUCCCCAGACGCAGCUGGAACUCUGCAAGAGCACUGUAGAUGCCGGCUUCCUGCAGAAAUAUUUCCACCUGGUGAACAGGUUCAACAGCGAGGAGGUGUGCACUUGCCCGCAGGCCUCCGUGCCCCAGCAGUUCGCCGCUGUGCCCUGGAACUCCUUCAGCCGCGACGUGCUGGCCGCACUCUAUGGCUUUGCGCCUAUCUCCGUGCACUGUAACAAGUCCUCAGCCGUCCGCUUCCAGGGUGAGUGGGAUCUGCAGCCCCUGCCUGAGAUCAUCUCCACCCUGGAAGAGCCCACCCCUCGGUGCCCAGCCAGCCAGGCGCAGCGCCCUCCUGGCCCCACCGUGGUCAGCAUUGGCCUCAGCAAAGGCUGAGCAUGACCCUGCUCCUGCCCUCUGCUCUGUGCCGUCCUCCUGGCUCACGCACACUGAGGAACAUCUGUGCAGCAUGGUCUGCUCCAGCUCUCCACCCCCAGCCCCUACCCUGGGUCCCUGCAUGGCUGAGCGGCUCCAGGUGACAGAUGUGGCCUCUUCCACCCCUGUGGACUCUGUAAAGGACCAGGACUGAGGGGUCCUGGGACAGAGACUCCCCCCACGCCACGUGCGCCCCUUGUUUCUGGCGGUCCCCGUUGGUAUGUAUGGUGCCAGUGCUUCUUAAACUUCUGCAGUGCG